UGUAAAGAUGACCGCCAAUUUCCCCUUAACAUUCAAUCAGACGGUGCAAGGGAUCACCGACUUCAUCGAGGUGGCCAUACAUACCAUUCUAUACGUACGCCAGAUAUAUCCAGCGGAUCUGUUCAUUCGCCGCAAGAAGUAUGACAUGCCUGUCUUUCAAUCUCGCCAUCCUGCUCUCAAUGAAUACAUAUCUGGCGCUGUCAAAGCUGUGAGCGACGAACUGAGUCGCGGGAAUAUAGACAAAGUUGUCAUGGUUAUCAAGAACAAAGAGCAAGAACCCCUCGAGAGGUUCAUCUUUGCUGUCGAAAAUAUGGUUCAAAUUGAAGGCUUUAAUAAGGACACAAGCGUUGAAAAUGCCAUGAGUACCGGAAUGCUUGGGCAAUAUUUUAGAUCCUUCUUAGUCAAGCUUAACAUGGUGGAGUCGCAGCUUGGACAACUGGGCUUGGGUGACAACGUUUCUUUUGCUAUUGUCAUAGAACUUAAGGACGACAAAGUCCCCUCGACCGUAGCCAGUGACGAACCCCCUCCUUGGAUGCCUGCUGAAAUUCGACACACAACGUACGGCGCAUCCAAAACAGCUGAGCUCUCUAUUAUUCGGGCUGUCAACACCGGCGUUAUAAAUCUCUCCUUUGCUGUUCAAGAAUCCGAAGAGAAAUUGAACAAAGAGAAAGAUCUCACGAAAUAACCUCACCCCGCUGUGCUAGAAAAAAGAUUUUCAAGAUCAAAUUAUCAAAACAGUUGCUAUGAUAAUAAAAUACAAUGCAGCGAUAGAAGAGGAACUGAUAAAUUGUCCGCUAAACUUUAAACAUCCACUCG